UUUAGAAAUUCACGCAGAACUGCUUGAUGAUCCAAGUGUACAACUUUGUCCCGCGGGAGUAAAUCAAGUCGAUGUCUGCGCUAUCGACCCAUCAUGGAUCCGCAUCGACUAUUCGUCGUUGAAGUAGCCUCAGGUCCGGUCCUUAUAGGCAACUACGGCUUUCGAACUCCGACUCAGCAGCAGUCUAUGUAUAAGAGCCUCAUUAUCGGCCUCGUGUACUUAUCUCCAUCACCUUGACAGUCACUGACAACAUAAUGCUCAAGAACGGAUCAGAGGUGAAGAUAUCAAACAGUGUCUGGGACGAGAAGAUGAAAGAAGAUUCAAAAGAAACAUCCAGCGAAAGGUGCAGGAAGGGCAGCGAAAGUCCUACCAGGCCGGUACACCACUUCGGGGAAUACCCCGGGGCGCCUUUCGGGACAACAUGGAAGAAUCGCACAGAAUGUUUUAAUGCUGGCGUGCAUCACAACAUUGAAGCUGGUAUAAGCGGCACUGAGGCAGAUGGCGCCUUCUCAAUUGUCGUCUCGGGUCAAUACAAAGAUGACAAGGAUAACGGGGACACGAUCUUAUAUACAGGUUCAGGGGGUCGCAAGCUCGGUGAUCGCACGCGCGAGCUGUAUCAUGACCAGCAAUGGUCGGAUUUUGGAAAUCAGGCGCUUCGUAAAUCUUCUGAAACAGGCAAACCCGUACGUGUCAUUCGGGGCCAUGAACUUGAUUCUGAAUUUGCCCCAUGGGAAGGCUUCCGAUAUGAUGGCCUGUACAUCUGUCAAGCUGCGUGGAAAGAGAAGGAUAGAGACGGUUAUUAUGACAUCUGUCGUUAUAUCAUGGAGAGGGUUCCGGGCCAACCACACUUACGCCGUCGUUCAACGACUGUCGGCCUUUACAGGCCAUUACCGGGCUCCGAAGCCGUGCAGCCGCCAACUCCAGCUCCAGUAACUGGACGCCAAAGAAUCAUGCAACGGGAGCAGGCGCGGAUAAACAACAUGGAUGCGUUUCUACUAGAAAGCCCCCCGCCCCCUGUAAAAAGGCUGAACGCUGGGCCCGCUUGCACAAGCAUGCUGUCCAGUCUUCCUGUGUCUACCACGCGCAAGCGCAAGCUCGCCGGAAAUCAACGAGAGAAAAUGAGGGCGGUGUCGUGCAGACAACUGAGACGAUUGAGGCGAUAAAAACAGUGCCAGAAGAGAUAUUAACGACGUAUGUAAGCACAAUUUGUUGGGCGGCCGUGGGACGUCAAAGAGACCUCGGGGUAUACAAUGGGAAACCUUGAGUGGCUGAAGCACUGACAGACAGGAUGUCGUGUAGCAUCAGCCUAGAAUGCAUGUCAUUGCAUAAGCUUGAGUGCAAUGAGAACUGAAAGUGCCACGUACAGCGCGUACUGA